CCGACCCACCGCCAUGUCCUCCACGUCGUCCCAGGGCGUCGUCGAACGCGUCCAAAAUUUCGUCUCGGAGCACAAGCAUGCUGUUCUCAUUGCUACUGCUGCUGCCGUCGUCGCUGUCGGCGGCGUCGCGUACUAUGCUUCGACCUCGCGCGGACCGGGAGGUGACGUAGAGAAGGGCGAGGGCAAGAAGGACAAGAAGAAGAGCAAGAAGCGCAAGACAGUCAAGGACGAGGACGGUCCCCUUCUCGAGGAGCGGAAACCCAAGUCCGCCGCGGUUGAGGAAGACGACAAGGAGUAUACCGCUGAGGAGAUCGCCGCCCUUUCACAGGAGGAGCGUACAAAGAUUGCCGCUUCACUGAAGGCAAAGGGCAACUCCGCAUACCAGCAGCGGAAGUUCCAGACAGCAAUCGACUACUAUACCCGUGCGAUCGCGGUAACUCCCCAACCCGAGCCUGUCUUCUUCUCGAACCGCGCCGCAUGUUACGUCAACCUGAACCCUCCACAACACGAGAAGGUCGUUGAGGACUGUGACGCUGCCCUUGCUCUGGACCGAAAAUACAUCAAGGCUCUCAACCGCCGCGCGACCGCCUUGGAGUCUCUCGAGCGGUUCGAGGAGGCUUUGCGCGACUUCACCGCCGCGGCAAUAUUGAACCAGUUCCAAGACAUGAAUGCCGCGGAAGCUGUGGAGCGGGUACUUAAAAAGCUUGCGACGGGCAAGGCGCAAAGUAUUCUGUCAACACGCGAGAAGCGAUUGCCUUCGCACAUGUUCACAUCGGCCUAUUUUGGCGCCUUCCGCCCACGGCCGCUGCCAGCGCUGCCAGAGAACCCGACGACGGGCGACAACACGCUCAUCCUCGGGCUUGAGGCGCUCGGCGCGUCCGACUAUGCGCACGCGUACACGCUCGUCAACGAGGCCAUUGAGCAGGGCAUCUCCUGGGACGGCGGCAAGGCCGAGGCGCUGAACCUGCGGGGCACGUUCAAAUUCCUCAUGACGGACGUCGAGAGUGCCAAGGCGGACUUCCAGGCGUCGCUCGAGCACGAGCCGUCGCUGACGCAGACGUGGGUCAAGAUUGCGAGCGUGUGGAUGGAGCAGGGCGACCCGAAGAAGGCGUUCGAGUGCUUUGAGGAGGCGAUCAAGCACAACCCGAACGAUCCCGAUAUCUACUAUCAUCGGGGUCAGGUGCUGUUCAUCAUGAACGAGUUUGGGGAGGCGGCGGAAAACUACACGAAGAGCACGGAGUUGGAUGACAAGUUCGUGUUCAGCCAUAUUCAGCUCGCCGUGGCGCAGUACAAGAGCGGGAACUUGGCGAAUAGCAUGGCGACGUUCAGGAGGACGUUGAAGGCGUUCCCGGAUCGGAGCGAGCCGCAGAACUACUACGGCGAGCUGCUCCUGGACCAGCAGCGCUACCCCGACGCGAUCGAGAAGUUCGACCGUGCGAUCGAGAUUGAACGCGCGAAGCCGCCUCCGAUGAACGUCCUCCCGAUGGUGAACAAGGGCCUCGCGCUCUUCCAGUGGAAGCAGGACAUCGAGGCGGCGGAGAAGUGCUGCCAGGAGGCGCUCGAGAUCGACCCCGAGUGCGAGGCGGCGGUCGCGACGCUCGCGCAACUGAGCCUGCAGCAGGGCAAGAUCGACGUCGCGAUCAAGAUGUUCGACAAGCAGAGCCAGUUGGCGAGGAGCGAGCCGGAGCUCAUCAGUGCGCUGACUUACCAAUACGCGACCGAUGCUCAGGUGCAGUUCAUGCACGCGUACCCCGACAUGGCUGCCCAGCUUGGUCAGAUGGCUAGGAUGAUCUGAGUUUGGAUGUGUCGUUGUGUCGUCGUCCCCGUGUCGCGUACCUUACGAUGCUUCCGAGAUUGGAUUGUCGCUAUGGCGAGGACUGUCGCUUUUGACAUGCUAUGUGACUUCACUUAUUUACCGUAAUCACGCCCUAAAAUACAUCCUCACUCGCUCUCCCAUUAUGUUCCUCCCCUUUGCUGCUGUGUCCACCUGACGCUGGCCGGCGUUACGCAAGUUUAUGUGCUUAGAUCGG